GUCAGGCUUGGCUCUAUUUUCUAAGUCUGGUAUCCAUUGCCAUUCCAACUGCCGUGACCUAUGUCUAUGACCUUCCCCCGACAGCGGUGAUGUAUGACCCGAACUGGUAUGACCUUUUCUCCAAACUCUACGUGACCCCUUGGUGCCGCGCGGGCCCCUGGCUCGUGGGCGUGUGGCUCGGCUACGUGUUCCAUAAGCAAGGGCAGAGGGAGGUUGUGCUCAGGAAGUGGCAGGUCGUGGCCGGCUGGACGACGUCGACGGUCGUGGCGCUCCUGCUGGUGCUGGGGAUGUGGAGCUACAACGUGGUGCCCCUGAAGGCGCACUACGACGUCGUGACGCAGCUGACGUACGCGGGGCUCAGCCGGCCCGCCUGGGGCGCCGUGCUGGCCUGGGUCGUCUACGCCUGCCACUUCGGCUACGGAGGUCCUGUCGACGGCUUCCUAUCCCAUCCCUCGUGGCAGCCCAUCAGCAGGGUCACCUACUCCACGUACCUGGUGGCGAUGCAGAUCCAGUACCUCAUGACCUAUGCGUCCAAGGCGCCCUUCUACUUCACGCCCCUCAAUGUGCUGAUGCAGACGACGGCGGCGCUGGUGAUCUCGGGCAUGGUGGGCGUGAUGCUGUCCCUGACGGCGGAGGCGCCCGUCAUCGGCCUCGAGAAGCUCCUUCUGCGGCGUCCAGGGCGCGGCGGCGGCGGGCGCGGCCCCGAGGCCCCCGGGCACGACAACAAGGCCUUCGAGGGGGACAUGGAGGAGCUCCCCCGAGGGGCAGCUCCUGAGGGCGGCCCCGGCACCCACGACGGCGACGUCGCAGGACAGGAGACCGUCACCAAGUUCUGAAUCUUUUGAGGUCUCCGAUCAAGGGAGACCCAUCUGUCUCGCACCUAGAAACAACUCAAGGCAGUGUUGCCAGCCUUUGUCGGUCGCGACCCCAGAUACAGUCUUGACCUGAACUAGCGACCCUAAAGGUGUAGGAACAAAUCCAACCAUUUUCAUAUUUGUUUUACCUGCAGAUGAUUAUGAACGGACGUCAUUCUCUCUAUAUAGAUUUACAUUACUAACACAAUGAAUGUUAAUAAACCUGAAACGGGAAAGAAAACUGGUGUUAAAAGAACACCAACUCUUACUUGCAGCUGUAGAUUUUUUCAUUUUUACUUUUCUUAAGAUCUUCAGAAAAGCGCUUGUGGCUAAAAAUAAGUUUAUGGAAGGAUAUGCAUAUUAAAGCCAUUGGCAAGGA